UGAAAGUAUUCAGAGUUCAGACUCCAUUUUGACAGAAGAACAGAAGACGUCUGGUUCAGGACUGACUGAAGUUCACAGGAUGAGUCUGAGUGUGGAUGAAGAGGAGGACGGAGCAGAGUUAUCCCAUGAUACAAACAGGGGGGGGCAUGGAGAUUUUUCAUCCUCCGAAGGGGAGCCUGAGAGAAAAAGACUGAGAACCAGUGCCAUAAAGGAACCUCCAGGGGGCAGUAAUGAACCAGGACCCUCUGAUCCACAAGGUCAGUAUAACAGACCCAGAGCAGAGUCUCCAGUGUCCACAUGUCUGUCCAUGAAGACUGACUGGUCCAUGAGACAACCUCCAGUGUUUAGUCGUGAACCUGGACCUUCAGACACACAAGGUCAGUAUAACAGACCCAGAGCAGAGUCUCCAGUGUCCACAUGUCUGUCCAUGAAGACUGACUGGUCCAUGAGUCGUCCUCCAUUGUUUAGUCGUGAACCUGGACCUUCAGACACAGAAGAGACGGAGAGGACUCAUGUUCCUGAGGUGGACCCAGCGUCCUGUUCUUUGUGUCAGAAGGUCCAGAGUGAUCCGGUCCGGACCAGCUGCGGACACUGGUUGUGCAGACAGUGCAUCACUUCAUACUGGGACCAGUCUGGUUCCUCAGGAGACUCCUCCUGUCCCCAGUGUGAAGAAACAUCCAGAACAAGAGCUGAGCUGCAGAUCCACAGCUCUGUCCAAAUUGAACAUAAACUCAGUCUGAGGAGCAGAUGUGAAUGUGUGACUGAAGGAACUGAGGAAACAGGAAGUAGAACCCGUCUAAACCGGAUCUACACUGAGCUCUACAUCACAGAGGGACAGAGUGAAGACGUUCAUACCCAACAUGAGGUGAGGACGCUGGAGACAGUUUCCAAGAAGAUGAUCCAAGAAAGGCCAAUCAGGUGUCAGGACAUCUUCAAAGCCUUACCCGAGCAGCAGAAACCCAUCAGAGUGGUUCUGACCAACGGCGUGGCUGGAGUUGGAAAAACCUUCUCGGUGCUGAAGUUCACUCUGGACUGGGCCGAGGGUUUAGAAAACCAGGACGUCAGUCUGGUGGUUCCGCUGUCCUUCAGAGAGCUGAACCUGGUCUCAGAUGAGCAGUACAGUCUGCUGACGCUGCUCCAUGUUUUCCAUCCAACAUUACAGAAGGUCACAGCAGAGCAGAUCAGCGUCUGCAAACUUGUGUUCAUCUGCGACGGCCUGGAUGAAAGCAGACUGUCACUGGAUUUCCACCACUGUCAGGUUGUUUCAGACGUCACUCAGAAGUCAUCAGUCAACGUCCUGUUGACCAACCUCAUCAAGGGGAACCUGCUUCCAUCAGCUCUGAUCUGGAUAACAUCUAGACCUGCAGCAGCCAAUCAGAUCCCUCCUUCAUGUGUGGACAGGGUAACAGAGGUCCGAGGCUUCACCACUGAUGACCAGAAGGAGGAGUACUUCAAGAAGAGAUCCACUGAUGAAGAUCUGUCCAGCAAAAUGAUCUCACACAUCAAGACAUCCAGGAGCCUCCACAUCAUGUGUCAAAUCCCAGUCUUCUGCUGGAUCAGUUCUACAGUUCUGGAGCACAUGUUGACUUCAGAGCAGAGAGAAGAGCUGCCCAAGACCCUGACAGACCUGUACUCACACUUCAUCAUGGUCCAGACAAAGAGGAAGAACAAGUACAAAAAAGGACAUGAAACAAGUGUAGAAGAGCUGACAAAGGCAGACAUGGAAGUCCUUCUGAAGUUGGGGAGGCUGGCGUUUGAACAACUGGAGAAAAGAAACAUGAUGUUCUACCAAGAAGACCUGGAUCAGUGUGGUCUGGACGUCACAGAGGUCUUGGUGUACUCAGGAGUUUGUACAGAGAUCUUCAAAACAGAGACUGUGAUCUUCCAGAAAACAAUCUACAGCUUUGUUCACCUGAGUGUUCAGGAGUUUCUGGCUGCAGUCUACAUCUACCACUGUUACACCAGCAACAACAAUGAGGUUCUGGAGAGGUUGGUAGGAGACGUACCUUCCAUGUGCGUGAGGCGUUUCAGAGUCACUUUUAGCCUCAGUGACAGCCUGGAUGUUUUCCUCGCUGAAGUCAUGUUGAAAUCCCUUGAGAGUGAGAACGGACACCUGGAUCUGUUUGUUCGUUUCCUUCAUGGCCUCUGUCUGGAGUCCAACCACAGACUUUUAGGAGGUCUGCUGGGUCCAAAAGAGAACAGACCAGAGAGCAUCCGUAAAGUCAUCAUGAACCUGAAGCAGAUGAACACUUGGAACAUCUGUCCUGACAGAAGCAUCAACAUCUUCCACUGUCUGACGGAGAUGAAGGACCAAACAGUCCAUCAGAAGAUCCAAGAGUUCCUGAAGUCAGAGAACAGAUCACAGAAGGAACUGUCUGAGAUCCAGUGUUCAGCUCUGGCCUACAUGUUGCAGAUGUCAGAGGAGGUUCUGGAUGAACUGAACCUGCGGAAGUACAACACAUCAGAUGAAGGAAGAUGCAGACUGAUCCCAGCUGUGAGGAACUGCAGAAAGGCUGAACUCUCACAGACUCACUGUGAAGUUGUGGCCUCAGCUCUGAAGUCUAAUCCUUCACAUCUGAGACUUUUGGAUCUGAGUUUCAACGACCUACAGGAUUCAGGAGUGAAACUGGCGUCUGGACUGGAGAGUCCAAACUGCAGACUGGAAACUCUGAGGUUGUUUUACUGCCGUUUAUCACAGAUCAGCUGUUCUUCUGUGGCCUCAGCUCUGAAGUCCAAUCCUUCACAUCUGAUAAAACUGGAUCUGAGUAGAAACAACCUCCAGGAUUCAUCAGUGAAGGAGCUGUGUGAUUUCCUGCAGAGUCCACAUUGUAAACUACAGGAUCUGUGGUUGUAUGAAUGCAGUUUGUCCAAAAUCAGCUGUUCUUAUCUGGCAGCAGCUCUGAAGUCCAAUCCCUCACAUCUGAUAAAACUCGACUUAGGUCUGAACGACCUGAAGGAUUCAGAUGUUAAAGAACUGGAGGACCUUGUUCAGAGUCCACACUGUAAACUGGAGAAACUAUGGAGGUGAUCUGUGGAACAGUCACUGUGAUCAGGACUGUGUGAGGAUCAGCUGAGUCCAGAUGAUCGACAGAUGUUAAAGCAGCAGCACAUCCUCACUUCUUCUCCUAAACCUGAGGAAGAACCACAGUGUUUGUGUUAUAUUAUGUCUUUGUUUGUUCAAAUUACAAUUCUCAUACAUGGAAAUUGAUAUUUGAAAAAAAAAAAAGGUUUUUUUUUGGUUGUUCAGAAGGACCAGUAAAGGCUCCAGUUUCAAAGAACUGGGAUUUUCUGACAAUGAUUUAAUGGUUCAGUUUCAGGGUUAAAAAAAAACACUUAAUACACACUUCAACAACACAGUCAUAGGUAUUUUUGUAAUAAUUUACAUUUGAAAUAUUUGCUGAUUUACUGUAUAUUGUCAUUCACAUUGUAUAUAAUGAUAGAGACAAACGGUGUGUAUGAUGUUCACUGUUCCAUAAUAGAGUGGCAGAAUGACAUGUAACAGUGAAAGGCUUUCAGUUCAGUUUUAUUUAUGCUGACACCACUUAAUGACAGACUGUCAGAAAUGGAACUGUCAUGAAAUAAAAAAUAAACUUACAUUUAAAAUGUAAACUUUAAAUUUAUUUGUUGUAUAUACACUGUUUCAAUAUUCAAAUAAUAUUCAGACUUGUGAUGGUGAUUUACAUCCUCUGGUGUGAUCAUUAAAAGAAUGAAAAUUUGAUUAUACCAUAUACAAACCCAUUCUAUGAGAAUGGAGGAUUGACAAAGUAACAUGCACAGCAAAACUAUCAGUACUUCACUGAGACAACUGCUUUAAUUCAAGUAAGUAGUCGAUAAAUAUCAGAGGUAUACGGAGACUUAUUACGUUUGGUGGCUCCCUAAAAAUAGCAAAAUGUUUCUAAAAACUCAAAUGAAUUUAUUUUGAAAUUCCAAAAAUCACAAUCAGCAAAAUUCCACGUUCUCAUAUACCCUAUAUACAGAUAAACGAGGGUAAACAUUUAUCUGCAUUCAUGCCCCUUUGAAGGUGAAACAUUUAACCUUCAAGAAGACAAAGAAAACAGCUGACAGUAAAAAAAAUAAAUAAGUAAUAACAAUAUUAAAAAAAGUUUUGUCCAAGUCUUCAUACUGUAUGCAACAGAAUGGGAAACAAAUGACCUUCAAUUCUGUGAUGGUUUAUAAAUGAAAAACUACAGUAAUGCUUGAAUUCUGUGUGUGUGUGUUACCCACAAUGCACGCAAAGGAAGGACCAAAGCUGUCAAUAAAAGAAUAAAUCAAUAAAUAAUAAUAAAAAAAAAAAAAAAAAUUAAAAAGAUUAAAAAGUGAUUUUUUUUUGCAUUUAU